UUGGACAUGGACAUAAAAACGGAAGGUGAGAACGCAGCACCUAAAAACUGCUACAGAUUGGUGAUUGUUGGCACCGCAAGAGCUGGAAAAACAUCGAUAGUUUCCAGAUUUCUCAACGAUAAGUUUGAGGAGAAAUACACACCUACGAUAGAAAAUUUCCAUCGGAAAGUGUAUAGAAUCCGAGGAGAAGCAUACCGACUUGACAUCCUUGAUACGUCUGGGAACGACCCAUUCCCGGCUAUGCGAAGACUUUCUCUACUCUCUGGAGAUAUUUUCAUAAUCGUAUUCAGCGUGGAUAAUAUGGAAUCAUUUGAAGAGGCCAAGCGGCUUAGAGAUCAGAUUCAGGAAGUGAAGUCCUUCUGUCCACCCGGUUCCAAAAAAUUCCGACACAUCCCAAUGGUCCUGGUCGGUAACAAACUAGAUCGUGCCGACCACCAUAGGGCAGUGAACUCGAUGGAAGUGAACAGAUACAUUGAGUCACAAUCUGGGUGUGCAUACGUUGAAGCAUCGGCCAAAAAGGACUGGAAUAUUGAAGACAUCUUUCUCAAGCUUUUCAUAAUGGCUGAUCUCCCGACAGAAAUGAGUCCUUCGCUCCACAGGAAAGUGCACCCGUCUUACGUUGGGAAAACGACAGCGAAGUCCACAACAAGGUGCGGGCCAAUCUCUUUAAGAAGACGCUUAAGCGACGCCUGUGGCACUGUUACCAGUGUUAGACGUCCAAGUAUUAGAACCGAUCUUUUGAUAUUGCAGACAAAAUCACGCGUUCCGCCCGAAGUUACUAAUACUUCGGAUGCAGAAGCGACUGGUGUCAAAUGUGUGAUUCAAUAGUAUUUGUUAUAUUCAGACUUUUGAUUUUUGAGUCACAUAUAAAUGUAUAUUGUCCAGCAAUCUAAACGUCGCCUGUGCUGUCUUAUUAUUAAACACUUUUAUUAAUCAAAAUACUGAUUCUUCAGAAAUAUAUACGUUAUUCAUUCAUUCACUGAAAUAGUAUAUCGCUUUUCUGACAUCCUUAUAUCAUAUAUGUUGUAAUUUAAUGACCAUUCUAAUUGAACAUCGAUGUGUUUUUCGACAUAAGUAAUUAUUAUAAAAAAUACUGGCGCCUGUUAUCAAUUUGAACAUUGUACGUUCAAUGGUCUGAGCACAUGAUAGCGUGUAAGUAAGACAAGAGGUUUAUGCAGACUGGAGUCCUAUAGGUGUACUGCUUGUCAUAGGACUGUUAAUUGGAAUCUGGAUAGUUGGAAACAAUACAGAACAACGUAUUCUCUUUUUCCAGGCGCAAUUUCAAGACCAUGUAUUUGUUGCAAUGUAGGUUCAGGCAUGAUUGCCAUGACAUUCUUUGUGUCUUCGCUUUUCGAUUAGGUCUUGUGUUUUAGUUUCCUUUUUUGAAUUUUGAUAAUUUGAAUUGUUUGAUUUCAUAGUUCCGUAAUGUUCACUUUUAAUAUGAAUAUUGGUAAAGUGUAUGGAUUUUGCAUAUAGCUUUUUUGUUGCUUCUCGUUUUGCUUUCAAAGUAUUACGAAAGUAGAGUUGAAUAAUUGCAUUGGCUAUACCCAAAAUGCCAAAAACAUUUCAACGUUUCAACUAUCAUUUAACUGAUGUAAGAUUUUCUUAUUUAUCAUUUGAUACCAGAAAUUGCAAGCAUCGCAUUUAAAAAAAACCAGUGAAGCAGCUGAGAAAUAAUGAUGACUUUUUGGCACGGGGAUAACUGGCUUUGUGGG